UUUCCCAUAAUUACCCUCCACUUCUCGUUACUUUUUUUUCCUUGUUUCCUUCUGUUUCUUUUUUUCAUUAAUCUGGUCCUUGCUAUACUUGGUCGACGGAGCAGCAGCACCGUCAGAUCAGCUGAUCACAUUCCGGCGAUCUUCUUUUUCCGAGCGACUCUUUCCAAAUUUCCGGUCAAUCAACUUUGAUGAAAUCUGAUCAUUUCAGGAACCAUUGUUACCGUCAGAUCCGGUUUUGAGUAUUCUUUCUUAGGGUGAAGCCUCUGAACCUCCGCCGUCAAGUUCUUUAAUCCCUAGUUCGAUUAGUCCAGCGUAAUCCUUACUAGGGUUUCUUUUCUUGGUCCAAAAUGUUUAAGAAAAUUAUCAAAGGAGGGCAACGGAAGUCUUCCAAAUCGAAUUCAACAGAUGCAUCUUUAUACGGGUACGGUCAACCAAGUUCCAACAACCCCGGGUCGGGUCCAAACUCCAAUGCGGUCGUCGCUCCAGCCCAAAACGCCGACGUCCCUAUGGUCCCACCACCGAUGACCACCGUGGAACCCUUGCCAUUAUUUCGCGAAGUCUCCGUUUCGGAGAGACAGAACUUGUUCAUGAGAAAAUUACAGAUUUGUUGCUUCCAAUUCGAUUUCUCCGAUACCUUGAAAUCGACCCGUGAAAAAGAAAUCAAGCGGCAAACACUGCUGGAGCUAUUGGAUUUCAUCCAAGCCGGGUCGGCCAAAAUCUCGGAUGUGUGUCAGGAAGAGAUGAUUAAAAUGAUUGGAGUCAACAUUUUUCGGUGCCUCCCUCCGGCGUCUCACGAGAACACGGGCCAAGAAGCGAGGGAUUCUGAAGAAGAUGAAGGCUACUUGGAACCCUCGUGGCCGCAUUUACAGGUUGUUUACGAGCUUCUUUUGAGAUAUGUAGUGUCUUCGGAUACAGACACUAAGGCUGCUAAGAGAUACAUUGAUCAUUCAUUUGUUCUGAAGUUGCUUGAUUUGUUUGAUUCAGAGGAUCACAGGGAAAGGGAGUUUUUGAAAACCAUUCUUCAUAGGAUUUAUGGUAAAUUCAUGGUCCAUCGUCCGUUUAUCAGGAAAGCCAUAAAUAAUAUUUUCUAUUGGUUUAUAUACGAAACAGAGAGGCAUAACGGGAUUGGGGAGCUUUUGGAGAUUCUUGGAAGUAUUAUUAAUGGCUUCGCUUUGCCCAUGAAAGAGGAACAUAAGUUGUUUCUAGUGAGAGCAUUGAUUCCUUUGCAUAAGGCGAAAUCUGUAGCAGUGUAUCACCAGCAGUUGUCUUAUUGUAUAAUUCAGUUCGUUGAGAAGGAUUCCAAGUUGGCUGACACUGUUAUUAGAGGGUUGUUGAAGUAUUGGCCUUUGACUAAUUGUCAAAAAGAAGUUCUUUUCCUUGCAGAACUUGAAGAAGUACUUGAAGCAACUCAGCCUGCCGAGUUCCAACGAUGGAUGGUUCCUCUUUUCAGCCAGAUUGCUCGUUGCCUCAAUAGCUCUCAUUUUCAGGUCGCAGAGAGAGCCCUCUUCUUGUGGAAUAAUGAGCACAUUGUGAGCUUAAUUGCCCAAAACCGGCAGGUGAUAUUACCGAUCAUCUUCAAGGCAUUGGAGAAGAAUAUCCAAAACCAUUGGAAUCAGGCUAUUCAUGGGUUGACUGUGAAUGUGCAAAAGGUUUUCAUGGCAAUGGAUGCUGAGUUAUUCGAUGAGUGUGAAAGACAAUUUGAAGAGAAAGAAUCCAGAGCCCAAGAGGUGGAAGAGCAACGAGAAAUGACUUGGAAAAAAAUGGUGGAUGCAGCAGCGGAGAGAGGGAAAGAUGAUAUGGUUACAGCCUAACGGAUGAAUCAGAGCUGCUGGAUGAUGGCUGUGCUGCUGCUCCCUUUCUUCAUUUUGGUGGUAUUCUCUUUUCAAUCUAAGUUUUAAAUUUGGGGCUGAAAAUGAUCAUUGAAGAUACCCGAGAAAGAGCGGCGAUCAAUGUAAUUUAAAAUGUAUUAAAUUGGUUAGUAAAACAUUCUGCAGCUAAGAAUGAUCUGUGAGGAACAACUUGUAUUUUUUUUUUGUCAAGCUAUAUGUUCUUCCAACAUGAAAAUUAUCAGAUUUUUUAUUUUUAUUGACAGCACUAGUUGUAUUUUUCAUCCAUUUAAGACUCAAAGCUUGGA